AUCUUGACAGCAUGCAAUCGCGGUACGACGACGCCUUGAUGGGCAUCGUGCAGAAGGAAGGCAGCAUCCACGGUCUUCUGCACGUCUUCUUCGACUUCCUCCACCGCAACACGGACUUCUACGUCGUCUCGGACAACCCGCAGCGCCAAAUGGGCUUUGCCCCCGGCGUCGCCCAGAACCUCGUGCUUCAGUCGUUUCAGCGCUUUCCAAUGAAGCCGCUCGAGCAUGCGCCGCCGGCCACGACGGUGCGGCCACCGCCCUCAAAGCAGCCCGACGCCCGCCCAAUGGCGCUGACCGACGACGGCAAGCAAGUACCGGAAGGCAACGGCGGGCGAACAGACAAAUAUUCGUGGACGCAGUCGCUGCAAGAGCUCACAGUGACGAUUCCAGUCCCCGCAGGCACCAAGUCCAGAGACCUCGACGUGCGCAUGACGAGUGCCUCGGUACACGUUGCCAUCAAGGGCCACAGUGCGCCGCUGGUCCACGGGACGUUUCCGGGAAAAAUCAAAGUUGAAGAGUCGCUGUGGUCGCUCGACUCGAGCGAAGCAGUUGUCUUGUCGCUUGAAAAAGCAACGCCCAAGACGUGGUGGAAGUCCGUACUCGAGGGCGAUGCUGAGAUUGACACGACCAAAGUCGACUCGACCAUGCACAUCAGCGAGUACGACCCUGUGACGCAAGGCGCGAUUCGCAAAGUCAUGUACGAACAACGGCACGGAGGCGGCGGGGCGUCCGACGCCACGAUCCCUUCGAUGAACGACGGCUCCCCACGGCUCUAGAUACACUGCACUCUAGUCGAAGCGAUCCGGUAGAUUGUAGUGUGAUACAACGGCAAUCAUCCAGUAUAUUGCAGCGUGCAGAAGG